AUGCUUCGCAUGGAGCUACCCAUGAUUCAUGAGGCAAGUCUUAGGGUGUUGGUCCUCUCAACAAUAUUUCUCAAGGAAGCUGUAGCUUCUGGCCACUGCUUGUCAGAGAUAGGGGACAUGAUGAGCAGACAGUUUACUGAAAAAGAAGAGGAGCCAAGUGUGCUUGAGGUUAUGUGUAUGGAAGCAAGGAAUUGGGUUAAGGAGAUAGAAUUGCUUUUACAAGAAACAGACUUUGAAGAAGAAGAAGAAGAUGAUGAUGAUAGUGAUGCAAACUUCACCCAGUUUGAUCUUGACUCAGCUGAUGAUUCAACUACAUGUGAAAUAUCAUUUUUUAACAAAUAUAGGUCUACUGGGGGAAGUUUCAGGAAACCACUUUCAAGAUUGCCUGAGGGAAAUGAGGACAAUGAGGAGGAAGCCAAAAACGAGGCGAGUCAAGAUGAUGCCAACACAUACACCAGUCCAGUUCCUAACUGUACUCUGUCUACCUCAAAAUCAUUGGUGUGUCCAAUGGGGCUUUGCUUUAGUGGAAAUAGAAGGUGCCGCAAUGGUGUCCCAAAGAAUAGGGUGAGUGCUAAAACUAACUAUUAUAAUGGCUACCGUAGCGAGUAUUAG